AUGCCGUCAACACGACCUCAGGCGGCCUUUGAGCCCAUAUCUCCAGACUUCGAUUUGAAAGCACUCGUCGAAUCUACGCCGAACUUCGAGUGGGUUGUGCGCAUACACUGUGAUAUGAUCGAUCACCAGGGACUGGAGAAUUUCGAGAAGUUGGUCUUGAUCCAUGUCAUUCUCGGCGGCAAGCCACUCGUCAUCGAGGGUUACGAAAAACGCCUGGACCCAUGGACAUUUGCCCUCCAGUGGCUGCGUGACAACUGUGGUUCCAAAGUGGAAAACGCAAGAGACCUUACCAAGAAGACCAACGUUCCCUUGUCUAUUGGCCACUAUCUGAACAACAUGGCGCUCCUCACCAACCAGUGGACUCCUCAAAAUUACAAAGACCCCCAGCGUCAGCGUAUGUAUCUGAAAGACAUCGAUUGCCCGCAGUUGUGGCACGACAAAUUGUCUGAAAUCAUCCCCCUGGCCCUGUUCUACCUCAACGAGUCGACGGGAGAUGUGGGUGGGUUCGGAGCCGUCGACGAGAAUAACCCCAUCAGACCUGGAACGAGGAAAGGACGGGGGAUCGCGAAAGCCGGCGACUUGAUGAGCAGCUUGCCAAAUGAGAUGCGGGCGGAGAACUUGAUGUGUUAUAUCGGCCACGAGGGCACAUACACCCCCGCCCACCGCGAAAUGUGCGCCAGUCUUGGUCAGAACAUUAUGGUCGAAGCAUCUACUGGUAGGGUCGAGGAUGGAAAGGUCACCAAACCCGGCUCCUCCAUUUGGUUCAUGACGGAAAGCAAGGAGAGAGAGGUUGUUUCCGAAUACUGGCUCUCCAGGCUCGGCCACGACAUUGAACUCGAGAACCAUUUUGCGCAAAUCAAUGCCUGGAAAAAUGCGCCAUUCAAGACAUAUGUCGUCGAGCAACGGCCUGGCGACUUUAUCCUGAUUCCACCACUCGCUCCGCACCAGGUCUGGAACCGAGGUACACGGACAAUGAAGGUAGCAUGGAACAGAACUACCGUGGAGACUCUGGAGCCGGCAUUGCACGUAGCACUGCCCCGUGCGAGGCUGGUGUGCCGUGAUGAACAGUACAAGAACAAGGCCAUUGUCUAUUACACCAUGCAGAAAUACUCCAAGCUUCUCCGGGCCGCGGAGAAGGUCAGACAGAAAUCGACGAUAUCCAAGUACAAGUCGCCUAGCGACGCGAAGGUUCGACAGCUGGAGAAGGACUUUCGAAGAUUGCACCACCUCUUCACCGAGAUCUUGGUUUCCGAGAGUUUUCUCCCCGACCGGCCGGAGAAGAAUGUCGAGCGGCUCACCUACGACAGCAACAUAACCUGUUCCUAUUGCCGAGGCAAUAUUUUCAACCGGUUUCUCACUUGCUCCGCUUGUGUCGAGACGUUACCAAAUGGCGAAGAGGAUACAUACGACGUUUGCAUGGAAUGCUAUGCCAUGGGCAGGAGCUGCGCCUGUAUCUCCAAGUUGAAAUGGGUGGAACAGUGGUCAUGGGGAGAGCUGGUCCAGAAACACGAACAAUGGCGGCAUCAGAUUCUUCAAUUUGAAGGCAAAGUGACCGAUCGAUCUCCAGUGUCCCUCAAGACGGAACUCGAUCGAUUGGGCAAGAAACGAACUCUCGCGCAGAUCUGUCAAUUAGAGCUAGCUCGGCGGCCUUUUCACGAUAUCCGGCACCCUCAGGCUCCUGUUGAGGAGGGAAAGACAUACGAACAGUAUGUGGAUGCAAAGGGACAAACCCGGAAAAGAAUCAAGCGAUCUGAGAAGUUCGUACGCGAGCAUUCCCGGUGUCACAUUGACUUCCAUUUCGAACCCCGGUGGAAGCAGGCAUCCUGUUCUGCUUGCGGCCGAAAUUACUGCUAUGGAACGCUAUUUCGUGCGUAUGAUAUGAUGCCGCAAGACAUUCUAGCGGACCCAGACUGGCAGUGUCCGAGUUGUCGGAACUUUUGUGGCUGUCGCCCGUGCCGAACGAAGCCGGGUUACCAAUACAAACCAUACACUCCCUCGUCAACCUUUGUCGGUCACAAUACCAAACAUGUUGCCGAUCCGCGGUCGGUGGAGAGCUUGGUCGACUUCAGUUAUUCCAACAUCGGCUGGAUUCAAAAGGCGGGCGAUGACAACGGGGCCGACACACGCCGUCUCGAGCGACGCAGGAAAGAAGCAGACGCAGCCAAAGAUCAUGAUCCGGGACUGGAAAUGGGCGACGACUAUGUCGACGGCGAUGCGGAGGUGGGUGACGGAAUAGAAGAGGGUAUCCUUCGCUUGGCCCAACACGAGGGCAUUCCUAUCGACCCAGCAUUGGGGCCUGGUGCUCCCCUGCCCAACAGCCCUGCCGGUGAUGAAGAGGAAGAAGACGAGUUUGACGAGAACCCAGAAGGAGCGAAGGGCAUGGGCGAUUUAGUCCCGGCCGAUUUCCUGGCACCACAAUUCGCCGUUCCGGAAGGUGGUGUCCUUCGCGACGCAGAGCGUGCUUACGAUCCCACGGAAGCUAUCACAUAUGACUAUCCGGAUCCAGAAGGGGAUCGUCUUGCUACACUCCCUGUGCAAGAAGCGGCUCCCUUGUUGCCAGGCUAUUCACCUGCUGGCCUGGAUGGCAUGGGAGACAUUGAAAUGGUGGAACGAAAGCGAAAGCGGACUAAAGUUGACGAGGGGGAUCGUCCCUACGGCUACAAGAAGGCGAAUCCGGCCAAAGCUAAAAAGCAGCAACAGUCUCUCAUCGUCAAAUUAGCCGUCGGUCAAGAGAAACUCGCAGAGUGGGGAAUCCGGGCGACCAUGGCACAGCAGGCAUUGACUGGCGUGGAAGGACCUGCCCCUGUCAUUGGUUCCGACUUGCAAGCCCUCAACAUAGCAGAAGGGCAGGCCCAGGCAGCGCCAAAGAGAAACCGAGGGGCUGAGCAUGUUGUGGUUGAUCGAGAUGAUGACUUCACGCCCGGUCGUUAUCGUGACCGCCGGAAGCCUGCAGCAGACGGAGCUCCUCACCCUCCUCCAGGUGCCGAGAUCACCAGGCGUCAGACUCGACUGCAAAAUGUCCAUUAUGAGGAACCUUCGGAGGAGGAGGAAUUCAGCGACGUGGCCCCGGAACCAUCCCCGCCGCGACAGAUCAAACCGACACAGGUGGUUCGGCUAGGUGAUGCGGCGUCCGAUUUCGAUUUGGACUCGGUGUCCAGUCAUGGUGGUGCCGCGGAAGACGAGGUUGCAACAUCAAGUCCGCUGGUGGAAAUCGGACCCGAUCCCGCGCUGAACCCGACACUGCCCCCUCCAGCUGCCGCAAAGUCCACCGUGUCGCGACUAGCCGUGUCAGCUCGACCAGCCGCUACGGCUGCCGCGAGUCGGAGAUCUGUUGGAGAUUCAUCCUCAGACUCACCGCCGGAAAGAAACCAGGCCGCGAAAGCUGCGCACAGCGCUCCUGUCCGCCCGUCCACAUCUCGUAGCGAGGCUCAAGCGAACAGAAUAGCAAAAAUGGCCGCGAUUGAAUGGAUGCACAACGACAGCGACGAUCUGGACGAUAUGUGGUCUCAAGAUUCCUUCUUAGACGCACCUCCUACGCCACCUCCCAAGGUAGCCGCACAACCAGUCGUGUCGAUUGCCCAGAGCAAGGCUCCUCCUUCAGGCCGACCUGCGCCCAAACCCAUUGCUGUCAAAGUCUCAGCUGAUGCCUGGGUUGAUAGUGAUGAUUCGGAUGAGGAACCGCCACCGCCACCGCCAGCUAGGACGGCGUCAGCAAAGGGACCGAGCUGGGCCUCUGUUAAUGGCAGAAGCGUCAAACCUGUGGUCCCGGCAGCUCAGACAAGCACGAAGAAGCGACGUGGUAGACCGCCAAAGUACUCUACCUAA